AUGAAUUUAGAACAGGGAAUCCCCGAACUUGAUGUGCCAGGUAUUGAACCCUUAAGUCUAGGUCAGAUUGGACUCGCGAGAGGUCCUCAAGGUGCUAAGCUAACAGCUGUCGUCAACGAUGUCAAAGUCCGUGGACCUAGUAACUUCAUUAUACAAGAAUUGAAAUCGGACCUAAAUAAAAACAGGUUUGAUUUCAAACUAUUACUACCGAGGCUAGAUUUCGCUGGCAAAUACAAAAUGGACAUCCAAGUGUUGUUACUGCGGUUGCAGGGUCGAGGAAAUAUUACUGGAUCAUUUAAGGAUUACGCCUGCAAUGUGACGAUGCGUGGACAUAAGGAGACGCGAGGAGAUGAAGAAUAUUUGAAUUUUGAACCUAUGAAAGUAAAGUUGCGCGUCGGAGAAUCUUCCAUUUACUUGACCAACCUCUUUGAUGGAGACCCAGUUCUUGGCCCAGCCACCAACAGGGUUAUCAAUGAAAAUUCCCAAGUAUUCUUGCAAGAAAUAAGUCCUGUGCUGGAGAAGAGUUUAGCAGAUCUGUUCACGGAGAUGGCUAAUAAAAUAACGUCUAAAUUUACAUACAAAGAACUGUUUCCU